CCAGGCUCUGGGAUCACUCGUUCACAAAACUAAGUGAUGUAGGCUGCAGCCACAAGCCUGUCAAAAUAUGCAGGCACCGAUGACUCGGCAAUGUUAAAUAUACAGAGAUCUAAGAACGCGAGCUUCACAGGCCCAAUCAUUUUUCAGACCAUAUAUCUGCGGAGUAGAGUAGCCAGUGGAAAGUACAUACAGCCUGCUUUUAUUUAUUUAGGGCCUGAACACAGAGAAACAACCCGGCUGCGGAUGUUUGGAGAGAAACAUUUUGAUAUGACGAUAUAAGGAAGAAAUCCAUCCGAGCUGUUAAGAUUCAUCACAAUGCAGCUACUUUUACUUGCAGCGGCGUUUCUCUUUACGCGCGACUUCACCGGAGCUGUGCGCUCUGACAAGUGCGCCUCCCGGUGCGACGUGAGCUCGUGUCCGAGCCCCAGCUGUCCCGGCGGGUACGUCCCGGACAGAUGUAACUGCUGCCUGGUGUGUUCACCGCUCGAGGGAGACCCCUGCGGCCGCCACAACGACCUGCCCUGCGGGGAUGGCUUGGAGUGUAAGCUGCUCGCUGCGGGGAGGCGGCGAGUCUCCAAGGGGGUCUGCCGGUGUAAGAUGGAGCACGAAGUGUGUGGAAGCGACGGGAAAACGUAUGGUAACGUGUGUAAGAUGAGAGCAGCCAGCCGUAAAGCUCAGCAGAAGGGGAGACCCGCAGUCAGCCAAGCGCACAAAGGACCCUGUUCGCCUUCAGGCGCAGGUCGAUCCCUGGUCCGUCCCAGCAGCCCUCGCUUCAAGUUCAACUUCAUCGCUGAUGUGGUGGAGAAAAUAGCACCUGCUGUUGUCCACAUUGAACUGUUCAUAAGACACCCUGUGUUUGGUCGCCACGUGCGUCUCUCCAGUGGCUCUGGUUUUAUUGUGACCCACUCAGGUGUGAUUGUGACCAACGCUCACGUGAUAACCACAGCUGCCACGGCAACAGGGAGGCCCCAGCUGCGCGUGCAGCUCCACGACGGCGACGCAUACGAGGCCGUGGUCAGAGACGUGGACAGGAAGGCAGACAUCGCCACAAUCAAGGUCAAUCCUCAGAAGAAGCUUCCUGUGCUGUCUCUGGGCCGUUCAGCUGAUCUGAGACCAGGGGAGUUUGUGGUUGCUAUUGGCAGCCCUUUCGCCCUGCAGAACACCGUCACCACCGGCAUCGUCAGCACCGCUCAGAGAGACGGCAAGGAGCUGGGCAUCAGGGACUCAGACAUGGACUACAUCCAGACUGACGCUAUUAUUAACUACGGAAAUUCUGGAGGACCUCUUGUUAACUUGGAUGGCGAGGUGAUAGGCAUCAACACUCUGAAAGUGACAGCAGGGAUCUCCUUCGCUAUACCUUCAGACAGAAUCAGCCGCUUCCUCACAGAGUCACAGGCCAAACACAGCAAAGAAAAGACAAGACUGCAAAGAAGACUUAGAGAGGAAGCGCAGUCUGAUGCAGAGGUGUCCGAAGUGAAGAGACGUUUUUUGGGCAUCAGGAUGCUUACUGUCACUAAAGCUCUAGUAGCAGAGUUAAAACGUCAGAUUGCAGACUUUCCUGAGGUCACCAGUGGAGUUUUGGUGCAACAGGUCAUACCUGACACUCCAGCACAAAAAGGAGGGAUUAAGCAAGGUGACGUUAUAGUCAAACUAAAUGGACAACCAGUCCAGACCACCGAAGACAUCCGCGAGGUGUUGCAACGCGAUCAGCCUCUCCUGCUUGAGAUUCGCCGCGGCAAUGAUGACUUACUGUUCAACAUCUACCCUCAAGUUAUAGCACACUGAAGAACAGGACAGUUCAUUUGUUGUAAGUGUGAACAAAUCAAGUGUUGGGCAGGACGAAGUGGAAAUAUGAUCUGAAGUGUUUUCAGUUCGGAUUUCUGGUGAAAUAAGAAAAAAAAAACAUUUGCUGUCAACUUUUACCAGUCUGAUGAUUUUGUUUGAUGGAUUUUGAUUAGCAGAAUUUUUGGGUGUUUUUUUUUAUCAUACAGACUGUUUGAUGAAUACAGUAGUUUUUACAAUACUCAAAAAUAAUGCAGAGGAAAAAUGUUGCACUGUAUAUUGCAUAAAGCUCAAAGAAUUUCAGAAUAAAAGCUUCCAAACAAGGAGCUA